AUGGAUGUUGGUGAGGGAGGUCCCCGUCGACGACGACUCGGGAUAACGCGGUCCGCAGUUCUACCAAAGUCGAACUGUUCGCAUGUCGACGCCACGGUGUCGGGUGUCGCGGUGUCUAGCCGUCCGAUGGAGCGAGGCCGAUGGGACUGUGGUGGUUGUUCCCAACUGACAAUGAUAGCCAAGCCCCGCCGCCGCCGCAGUCAGAGCAGGACCGCCAUUUGCGUUUACCGAGAUUAA